AUGGUGCUGGACACCAUUCCUCCGUUCUCCAAGAGCGGCCUCCAGGUACUCGCUGGCGAGUACCUGGCUGGCCCUCUUGUGAGCUGGGACGAGAUGUCCCUGUUUGACCAGCUGUUUGCUGCGGGCUCCGAGCCCGAAAUGGGCGUCCUGAGCUGGGAGCUGACCGAGCUCCUAUGCAACAUGGUCGUCGUCGUGGGGCCUGGCUCCCCCAAUUGCCACCUCCUUCGUGUCGUUCUCGCUCCGGAGUUUGCGUGGUUCGGCUUGCACUGGGCAGGGAUGCCACACCCUGCCCAGGUGCCCCUCUCCCCCUCCUCCCUCCUCGACCUCCUCCACUCCCGCCUCCUGGCCGCUUCGGUGGCCCUCCACCAAAACCGGGGGGUCAGCGAAGAGUGGAAGGUCCUGGUCCGCCGCCUGUGGGCUCACUUUGAGCCCUACAGCUCCUACCUUCCCGCCCGGCUGCAGCCAGCAGCCGGUGCCGCCGAUGUCCAUCCACCAAUGGUGGAUGUUGAGUACCCUUCCUCGCCCGAGAGGGAUGUGGAGGGUUUGGCGCCCAUGGAGGGCGUUGAGUUUCUGUCCGUCCCCGGUGUCUACAUGGACACCAUGAAACGUGAUUACUCUCCGGACAUGGAUGUCUGUGCGCCGGUGGCGGCCUCCGCCCCCAUGGGUCUGCCUCCCUCCCUCCCUCUCGCGGCUCCCACCCUGCCCGCGGUCCCCUCCCCCCCCGUGGUGCCCUCCCUCCCGGCCGUCGUGCCUGCGCUCCCCGUCGUGCCGCCGUCCUUCCCGGCCGUGCCGACCUCCCUCCCUGUGGUCCCGCCCUCCGAGGCCGGGACCUCCACAAAGUCGUACCGGCAACGCAUUAAAAUCCCAUCGAUUUUAGAUCCGCCCGACAACCCGACAUCAGCGCGGGGAAAGCUCGGGAAACAAAAGCCAAAGCAGACAAAGAGUCGGAAUGGUUGCAUCACCUGCAAGGCAAAGCGGUUGAAGUGCGACGAAAUCAAGCCGUCAUGCCAGCAGUGCGAAAGAAGAAAGGUCCGAUGCGGAGGAUACAAGAAAGACUUCAAAUGGCGGCCAUUCGAGGAGACCAACUUGGCUUCAGGACGGCCUAUAGUGACCAAAUCCAAGAAAGCAAACCCAUCGUCCGGUCAAACUCCGUCUGCUGCCAAUAUUGGCCAGACCCUUCCAACUCCCCCGACGACUGAACAAUCCACAUCACCGAUCCGCAUUCAGUCACACAAGUUUGAUGUCUCUCGCUCACCUCCAGCCUCUUCUUUGCAUGGCUCGCCCAUUAGUAUGAAUAGCUUUAUGUCUACCGACGCACGUUCCCUUGAAGAUCUUUCUCUCACACGAGAAGAUGUUUCUAUGACUGAAUGUACCGAACCUCCUCUUGAUAUCAAUGUGUCAUUGUCUGCCGAUUCUCCCCCUUUCAAUUUCCUCUCCUUUUUGGAGCCAUUUCAGGAUUCUUUGUCGCUCGCAAACUCAUUGGUUUCUGAUGCCGAUGUCGAUUCUGCUAGACAUAUUACCUUUGGUCCAGAUCAGCUAGAUCCCGAUAUAUCAAGGUUGAGUUUCUCUCAACUGUUGGGAGAUGAGAAUGAUGACAUUGAAGAGAUCAUCCGGAAGUCGGAUCCAGGAAUGGGGCCUUGGAACUUCACCAUCACAGAGGGGGACUCUUUCAAUAUUGAUACUCGCAUGCCAGCCAACCCAUCUCUACCGCCCGAAAGUCCAGAAAUGCUAGUAUUGCGGUUCGAUAAGCUCACAUGUGGGAUUCUAUCUAUCAAGGAUGGAGCAACAGAAAAUCCGUGGCGGACACUCAUUUGGCCGAUGGCAAAAGACACACCUACACUUCGCCAUGCCAUCUUUGCUCUGACAGCUUUCCACUCGGGUAAGCAAAGUCCCCAUCUUCGGGUCCAUGGAGCAAAAUACAUGCGCCAGAGCAUAACUGGUCUGGUUGGUCAAAUUCAGAAUAUGAGACCAGAUGCUGCGCUUGCAACUAGCCUUGCGUUGGCAUUUGCUGAUACCUGGGACCAACACACCAGCACAUGCAUUCAACAUUUGCGAGGUGCAAAAACCUUGAUGUCCCAGGUCAUCGCGGCCGGAAUGCAAGGUGGUGUUAGCGACGAUGAAUUGGAUCGCAUCCGAUUUCUCUGUAAUACAUGGUCAUAUAUGGACGUGAUUGCACGACUGACCUCUUUGGAUGACUGUGGUCCUCAAACCUGGGAUUCUUCCAUCUUCGAGCUUCCGAGUGACGCAGUCCAUGAUAUUGACCCGUUGAUGGGCUGUGCAACUACGCUAUAUCCUCUCAUGAGUCAGGUGGCGAAGCUGAUCCAGCAUGUGCGGAAGAGCUCGUCGAACACGGUAUCGAUUGUAGCUCAAGGUAUGGAACUCAAAGCCCUCGUCGAGCAAUGGGAGCCACCGCACUGGUUUGAGCCUCCAGAAGACCCCAAUUCCGAAGUCCAGCAUAGCAUUCAAGUUGCACAUGCCUAUCGCUGGGCUACAUUGCUGUAUUUGCAUCAGGCAGUCCCAGAGAUACCCUCCGAGCCGGCCGAUGAAUUAGCAAAGCGGGUGCUGAUCUUGCUUGCCACUGUUCCCUAUACCUCCCGAACAACUAUAAUACAGAUGUUCCCUCUUUUAGCAGCUGGCUCUGAGGUUGACACCGACGAUGACCGAAAAUGGGUCUUGGAUCGAUGGACCACAAUUCAGUCUCGCUUGAUGCUAGGUGGUGUAGACCGCUGCCUGGAGGUCUUAAAGGAGGUCUGGGAACGCCGCGACGCUAUGAAUGCCAGAAGAGAGCGUGAAAUGCCUAGUUCUCGACGAACCGGAUCAUUCUCAUCUGGAGACAACGAGAAACUGAGCUCAUCAUUGCCAACCAAUUUUCGUAAAUACAGUCUCAAUGGCUCCAAGGGCCCGACAGCAGGAAGAUCGGCGCAAGCUCCAUCAAGGUCUGCGCGACGUGGUUCUGCACUCACCUCGCUUGAGAAUAUUGAAUUUGAAAGAACUGUGCGUGGCAAAUUGCAUUGGGUGAACGUUAUGGCUGAGUGGGGAUGGGAAGUUUUCCUUGGAUAG